AUGCAGGUUGCUACGGACUAUCGGUUCCUGCAACAAGUUCUAUCCUCACUUUCUCCUGCGUGGUUUGAAAAACACAACGACGAGCCUUCAACACCUGCUUCAUCCGGAGACCUCGACAACAGUGGUGGAAAUGUACAGAACCACGCCCGAAUAACCCUCACCUCCCUACCACCAGAGCUCCACCACAUGAUCGCAUCCCAUCUGACUUACCCGGACCUCUUGUCGCUGAAGCUCACGGACAAAUACUUCUCCCACCUGGUCACUCCCAAGCUCCACGUCAGGACGCGCGUCCGCUGGGUCCAGAGCCGACACGCACAAUGUCUCCCCGUGCCUAUGAGCACGAAGCUGUCCUUCAUAUCGGACGCCAUGUUCGUCGCGAACGACGAAGUCAAGACAAUCCUUAGGCGCAGAAGGCAGCACUUGGAGUGCCUAGACUACGACUGGGACGGGGAUGGGCAUGGGCAGACGGCGUUCAAGAACCCCGUCAUAGCCUUAGAGGUGGACGGCAGCGGGGCCAUGCAGCACGUCCAAGUCAGGAGGCGGAUCCGCCCUUCGUGGAGCAAAGCCUGCCUGGUCACUGGGGCAGAGGUUUGUCCUCGGGUGAGGGAGAUGGAACUGGCAAAGAAGCGGUAUGACCGCAGUUUUAUGGGGAAGGUGUGCUCGAAUGGGCGAAAACUCGCGUGGUGUGCAAGAGUAGCUUGGUGGUGGUUGGAAGGAUGGUGGCAGACGUACAUUGAAUCUCUGAGACGGCGACGUCGGGAAACUUGA